AAUUUUUCACUUAUUUGAUGGUUACACAAUCAUUGUUUUCUAAACCUUGUCGAUACCAGCUGAUCUCUUGAUAACCUCAAUGUAAACGAUUCACAUUGAUUCGCGUGGAUUCGCGUGAAGCAUUAUCGAGUCAGUUUAGCCGAAUUGCUCAAAUCGCCCGAUUAAAUACAAAUAAUCGAUUUGUUAUUUUGUCGUAUGUGUCGUCGUUCAAGAAAGUAUGUCCACUGUGGAAGAGGUGACGGAAAAUUUGACAGCGCAGGUGAACGAGUUGCAGGCUUUGCAAUCCGUCUAUCCGACCGAACUAGUCGUGGCGGAUUAUGGGGUUUUGGCUGACAUCAACGAAUACAUCGAGCACCCUAAUCGAGAUCCACCGCGGUGGCUGGAGUAUUCCAUUGCGAUCCCGUUAAACGGUGAGAACAUUGAGCUGCUAGUGAAUCUGCCAACUAAUUACCCAAAAGAGCAGCCUGAAGUGUAUGCAAGAAGCUCGCGUUUGGAUAGAACACAACAGUGUCUGUUGAACAAGGAACUGUCUAUUAUUGUUAAAACUCAGGAGGCAGGAGAGCCAUGCAUUUAUACAUUGAUAUCAUGGCUGCAGGAUAAUGCAGAAACUUAUCUCAAAGCUUCCACAUCUAACCAGGCAGUUGGAAAUGAUAUGAGUAAAAAUGACACGACAGAUCAGACUCCAGUAGUUUUCUCCAGAUAUUGGAUUUAUAGUCAUCAUAUAUAUAGCAAAUUUAAACGCCGGGAUGUAGCUAAUUUGGCAAAAGAGAACUCUAUCACAGGAUUCUGUUUAGCUGGUAAACCAGGUAUCAUCUGUAUGGAGGGAACACUGGAAGACUGCGAUUAUUGCUGGCAAAAAAUUAAAACUAUGAACUGGCACAGGAUAUUAAUAAAGCUUUUGGAAAAGGAGGAAAACUGUAACAGUGUGGAAAAUAUGCGUAAAUUUAUAGAUUUUCAGGAAGUUUCCUUUCCUACUACUGAGCGUCACAACGACAUGGGUCAACUUUUCAAAUAUCUAACUGAUCACGAUUGCCAGCAUGCAUUUAAGGAACUUUUCGGCAUUGAAGGAAAAUUUAGCAAACUUUCAGAUUAAUAAGAAUAUAAAUGUUAAUAAAUAUGCAUUUUGUACAUCUUUCAA